AUUUCCAUAAUUCUUCUAACUUUACAACAAACUAUGGCUGAUUAUUUACAUAGUACAUACGUAUAUGUUACAAUUUACUUAUAAACUUGUAUCUCUUGAUAGUUUUAUAUCGAAGGGUGAAACGUCUCUUUUUACAAAAAUAAUGUUAUAACCUGUUAAGUACAAAACUCUUGAAAUAGGUGAUUUUAUGUAAACUAUUUAUACCAAUAAUGCGUAUAUUACUUUGAUAAUAAUAAAACUUAGAAAAUAUUCAUGACAAUAAUAACAUAAUAAAUAUAGUCGUUUUUUUUUCAAUUGUUCAUUGAUAUUGUAUGAAUCAAAGAGUGAGUAAAGUGAAACAAAUAUUGUGGAAUCGUAUUUGAUUUUCAAACAAUUUUCCUAGUGAUCGAAAUAAUCCGUAUUGAGUAUAUUAUAUUACAAUAAUGUUUUUUUCUUAUUUUCAUAGAUGAUAAGUGAUUGAUCAUAAGAAAAAAGUAGCCUUAAAUAUAGAAAUAUGAGAAAAGGGUUAAAAAGAAAAAAAGUUUCAGUUAAAAUUUCAAUGAUCAUUAGAAAAAAAUUUAUGUGGCAUUGUGGUUCAUUCUAGCCUUUAUAAAUCAAAGACAAUUAUUUUAUAUUGUGCAAUUGACCAUAUCUAAUAAACGGUUUUGAGUGUACCACAGCGUAUGAUGAAUGUAGGUGGUAUAGCACAAAAGUGGUGUCAAGAAGGUGGCUGACACGUAUUCAAAUUAUUGAAAUGAUUGAAAGUGUAUCACGUAGAGCACUGAGUGGCUCCAGUGGGAGCUACCAUGUUCGUGGUGCUGAAUUAGCAAGAAAUCGUAGGUUAAAGUCUUUAUCUGCAACUGUUAUUUUUCUUGAUGAUUCCCAACAUACAUUUCAACUGGAUAAAAGGGCAAAAGGACAAACUUUAUUAGAUUUGGUAUUCCAUCACUUAGAGCUUGUAGAGAAAGAUUAUUUUGGCCUACAAUAUACAGAGAAUGGUACUACAACAACAACAACAACCACACCUGAUACAAUGAGAUGGUUAGACCCUACAAAACCAAUGAAGAAGCAGAUAAGAAGUAAGGGUGGACAAUUUUUUUUUAGAGUAAAAUUUUAUGUAUCAGAUCCUAGUAAACUGCAAGAAGAAUAUACUAGAUAUCAGUUUUAUUUACAAAUACGGAAAGAUAUUCUUCUAGGAAAACUACAAGUACCACCAAGUACUGCUUGUCUUAUAGCAAGUUAUACUGUUCAAUCAGAAUUAGGCGAUUAUCAUCCAGAUGAACAUGGACCUGGGUAUCUUUCACAUUUACAGUUAAUACCAGGACAAACAGAAGAAAUGGAGAAAAAAAUAGCGGAGUUACAUAAACUUCAUAAAGGGCAACUACCAGCUGAUGCAGAAUUUAAUUUUUUGGAUCAUGCAAAACGGCUUGAUAUGUAUGGAGUAGAAUUACAUAAAGCAAGGGAUUCAACAAAUAAAGAAAUACAACUAGGUGUUACAUCAAUAGGUUUAGUAGUAUUCCAAAAUGGCAUAAAAAUUAAUGUAUUCUCAUGGUCUAAAAUUGUAAAAAUUUCUUUCAAACGUAAACAAUUUUUUAUUCAACUUAGAAGAGAACAGUCAGAAAACUAUGAUACUUUAUUAGGUUUCAAUAUGCAAACCUAUCGUAGUUCUAAAAAUUUAUGGAAAGCCUGUGUCGAACAUCAUACAUUCUUUAGACUUCACAGUCCAAAAUUACGGCCAAGGCGAUUUCCACUUACAUUAAGUAGUAGAUUUACUUAUUCAGGACGGACAGAAUUUCAAACUGUUGAAGAUGGAAAACAUCGAGCACGAGUUGAAAGAACAUUUAUUAGAUCACCAAGUAAACGUUUGGUACAUGGGGUUACAACAGCUCCUAUUAUUGAAGAUAAAGGAAAAGUUAUAAUACCUCCUGGCAGGCCGCCUCGACCUUAUGAUAAUAAGGUGCAAUCUCUAGGUGCUCGUGAACCUCGACAAGCAUGGGGUGAAGGGAACCAAAGUGAUGACGAAGGUGGUUUUUUGUCUCUUCGAGAGGAUUUAACAGGAACUCAUACACAGAAUAAUGCGUUUUCUCCAAUGUUAGGGUCUCGAGUACUUAGUUAUGCAGAUGAUGACACAAUUAUUGAAAAAAAUAUUUAUGAUCUUCCUGACUACAGUGAACCAACAAGUUCACCACCUCCACAGAUAUUGGAGGAUGGAUUGGUUACGAUAACAUUGACACCCGAUGAACAAGGUCGUUUCGGAUUUAACGUAAAAGGUGGAUUAGAUCUUGAUAUGCCUAUUUUAGUAUCUCGAGUUGCACCAAAUACACCUGCUGAUCGUUGUUAUCCCAAGUUGAAUGAAGGAGAUCAAGUUGUUUUUAUUAAUGGCAUUGACGUAAACGGCUUACUACACGAACAUGUUGUAAAUUUGAUUCGUCAGUCACGUGACUCUGGUACAGGAGAACUUACAUUAACAGUUCGACCCAAUGCAUUGUAUAACGCAUUAGCUGGAACCGAUGAAACAUCCGAAGAAGAACCUCCUUAUAGGUAUGUACCUGAUGCACCACAUGCAGCCGUUGGUUCUGAUGCAUUAGCGCAAUCGAUGUUGCUUCUUGCCGAUGGUCUGGCUAGUGGAGCCUUAAUUGCACAAUAUGAACAGUUAUAUAGAAAAAAUCCUGAAUUGACGUCUCUCGAAUCAAAAAAACCAGAAAAUCAGAACAAAAAUCGUUAUCGCGAUAUUUCACCAUAUGAUGUUACGAGAGUCAUUUUAAUGGGAUCUGCAAAUGGCGAUUACAUUAAUGCUAAUUAUGUAAAUAUGGAAAUACCAGGAUCAGGUAUUAUUAACAGGUAUAUCGCUACGCAAGGGCCUUUGUCAACUACCGUUGCAGAUUUCUGGCAAAUGGUUUUAGAAGCUGGUAGUACUCUCGUUGUAAUGUUAACGACUUUAGUUGAACGAGGUCGAGCAAAAUGUCAUCAAUAUUGGCCUGCUCUGAAUGAAACUCUUAGUUUUAGAAAUCUUACACUUAAAUGUACGGUGGAAAAUGUAGAAGAUACAUUCAUUUUUCGUGAAUUUAUACUUAGAGACAUUAAUACUGGAGAAGAAAGGGAUAUAACACAUAUGCAAUAUUGCAGCUGGCCAGAUCAUGGUGUACCCAGUGAUUGGAAACAAUUUACUACAUUUACAGAAAAAGUUAGAGCAGCACGCACAGGCAUAGUAGAACCAGCUGUUGUACAUUGUUCUGCUGGAAUAGGCAGAACAGGAGUUUUAGUAUUAAUGGAAACUGCAUUAUGCCUUAUUGAAGCCAACCAACCAGUGUAUCCAUUGGAUAUUGUACGUUCUAUGCGCGAUCAAAGAGCAAUGAUGAUCCAGAAUGCUAGUCAAUAUAGAUUUGUAUGUGAAGCAGUUCACAAAGCUUACAACGAGGGUAUAGCUAAACCACUACCAGAAUUCAGUAGAUGAAGACAGAGAUAUAAAACACAUUUUAAUUGUUUACUCUUUAAUAUCUUAGUAGAGUUACACAAUCUUUAAUCUUAUAACAUCAAUUUGUUCUUUGCCAGUAAAAAUUUAACUAAUACAAAAAUCAAUGAGGUUAAGUUUUCGGUGCAUUAUAUACAUAUAUACGCGAGCAUGCGUAGAUACACAUCACUUUUGAAAAUUUUAACAUAAUAUACAAUAGAUGGUUUAUAUACAAUUUUAUAAUUAUUCUAAUAUUAAAUUCAAAAAAUUAUUAUAAGUACAGAAAAAAUCUUUUGGAACUAAUUACCAUUAUAUGCCUCAUAUAAAAUGAAAAUAUUUAAAUUAAUAAAUUAUUGCAGUAUAAAGAAAAACAAAAUCAUUAGAAAAUUUAUAACUGCUUUCUCUAACAAAAGGAUACUCAGAAAUAUAAUUUGUAGGUUGCAUACAAUGAAGUAUGCAUAUAUUUUCUGCGAUAAUAUUACAAUUGUAUAUGUAAUCUCAUUAAUACAGUAAAACAUAUAUUUUGGAUAAAUUAAGCCAAAAUAUUUUAAAAGCAUUAGAUAAGUCAUUCUAAUCUUAAUUUGAAUGUAAAAUUUGUCAUAUUAUUAUAUAAUAAUAAUUAAAGUAUUAUAUAAGCAUAAUAUAAGGAUUGAAAAUUGUAGUAACUGUACAUCAGUACUGAAGAUUUUGAAAAACGUCCAACAGUUCAAAGUUUAAUUAUAUUUGUCUAACGUAAUAAUGCAAUAUUUAUAAAAUAAUUCAAACAUGUCCAAACUUGUAAUUUAUAUAUUUCCAUAUACAAAGCAUUAGAGACUUUAAGAAAAACUCAUGUGCUAUUAUUCAUUAUAAUAGUUUUGGAAGUACACUUAUUAUAUAAGAUAACUAUUUAUCUUCAGUAUAUGAGAAACUUUUACAUACACCAAAACCAUAACUGAAUCAAAAAUCCAAAACAUACUGCAUAUCAUGUUUACAAUAGCAAAAAGAAACCAAAAAAAAUUACAUGAAGGUAAAUAAGAUAAUGUCAUUUUUUUAAUCCACACAAUAGUGCCUUCUAUGUAUGCACUGAAAACUUAUGAAAGAACAACAUAUAUAUCCAUCCAUUUUAAUAUAUAGUAAAAUUUCCAUUGAUUAUACUUUUUUUUAACAAUCAUAACAUUUCUGUUAUUUGCUACAGUCAUGUUAAUCAUUCAAUGUAUAUUUUUGUAUAAUUAUUUAUAUUCUUUUGUAACUUAUAUUUUUCAAUAAUCAUGUAAAUAUACAUUACAUCUCAUCAUAUUAUUUAAUGGUAUGAUAUAUCCAAGCUAUGUUAAUAAAAUAACAGAAACAUUGCAAUAAAAUAAAUAAGAAUAUUAAUACUGAUUUUUAUAAACAUGUGAUAAAAAAUAUACUUAAUUCAAUAACACACAGUAUCACACAUAAAAUAAUUACAAAUUUUGCAUAUGAAAACAAAGUAAAGCAAUUUACCAGCAAGAAAAGAAAGGCAAAAAAAAAUUUUACCGCGCAUUAACAUUGAUAUUGCUAAACUGUAUGAACUUAUGAAAUGUAGUAUUUUGUAUUGUAUUAUAGAGUGAUAGAGUUGAUUUUAUUAGAGAAAUAAAAUGUCUUACAAUUUUUAA